CUUCCAUCCCUCCUGCUCUCCGGCGUCGCUGGAUAUCCUCCUCUCUAUCUCCACCUCUCGCGUCUUCUGCCGCCUAAAUGCGACGUGCGGCCCUUCAGGCUUUCCGUACUGCCCGACGUGUACCAGUACGGAAGGUCGCUGCUAGGAAACCGUGCGCCGUCUCGUUCUCCAGCAGCCGGCCUUUCGGCCUCCGUCCUUCCUCCGCCGGUAAACAUCCACCCGUGAUUCCUGCAUCCUUGCAGUCCUCCAUGCAUAUUCGAAACUUCUCUAUUGCCGUGAUUUCUACCGUGGUGGCCUCCGGGGCUUGGUACGCUUAUCAAGGCAACACCUCGCAGCCGACACCGGUGGCAGGCUUGAACGCCACCUCGUCCUCGCAGCUACGUUCGAUAGCGACGUCAACUGCACAUGCUGAGGACGUCGCAGAGUCAACCCGCCGGGCCCUUCUCGUCGAUAAUGAUCAAUUCUAUACCGCAACCCUCUCGGGAGAACAACCUCUAUUCAAACAGACCGACGACUCCGACCGCCGCGUGCUCGAGAUGCUGACGCCGGAACAAGCCACCCAGAAGUUGAGGAAGAAUGAGGAGUCGUACUUGGUGAAUCGUGGCAAAGGCGUCGUCCGCUACGAUGUGGUCCAAGUUCCCAGCAACUCUCCUAUUGAAGACGACCACGCCGAGAAGAUCGUUGAGGUGCCUUCAACGGUCGCGGCGGCCAAGGAAGGUGACGCCAACAGUGACUGGAUGUUCUGGGCUGUGUUUGACGGCCACUCGGGCUGGACAACUUCGGCAAAGCUGCGCAAUGUUCUCAUCUCUUACGUGGCCCGUGAAUUGAAUUCUACCUACAAAGCUGCUGCGACCGACCCUUCUCUGCUAUCCCCCACGUCCAAUGCCGUGGAUGCUGCCAUCAAGCAGGGUUUCGUUAAACUCGACAACGACAUCGUGCACAGCAGCGUCGACAAGGUGCUCAAAUCCAACUCGCGACGAGUUGCGGCGGAGAUGCUUGCUCCUGCUUUGUCCGGCUCUUGUGCUUUACUUGCUUUCUAUGACUCGCAGUCCAAGGACCUGAAAGUGGCCGUUGCCGGCGAUUCCAGAGCGGUUUUGGGCCGUCGUGCUUCAAACGGAAAGUGGUCGGCAACUGCUCUCUCCGAGGACCAGACCGGCGGCACUCCGUCCGAGAUGAAGCGUCUGCGGGAGGAACACCCCGGCGAACCAAAUGUCGUACGGAACGGAAGAAUUCUCGGCCAGUUGGAACCCAGCCGUUCCUUCGGUGAUGCGUUCUACAAGUGGAGCAAAGAGACCCAGGAAAAGAUCAAGCGACAGUUCUUCGGACGGACACCGCACCCUCUUCUGAAGACACCCCCCUAUGUAACUGCCGAGCCUGUCAUCACGACCACUAAGGUUGAACCCGGCAAGGGCGAUUUCGUGGUCCUUGCUACGGACGGUCUCUGGGAGAUGCUGAGCAACGAAGAAGUCGUCGGACUUGUGGGAGAAUGGGUUGAGCAGCAGAGAUCCGGAGCCGCGAAUGGUACCAACAAGAGCUGGCUGCCGAGCUGGUUAGGGUUUGAGAACAAGCAGCUCCCCGUGGAAGCAUCGAAGGAGGCAGGAUCUGAUGGCCAGCGCCGCCCUAUUCGUCAGCAACAGUACGAUAUUGCGGGCGCCGCCAGCCGGUUCACCGUCGAGGAUAACAACGCCGCCACUCACCUUGUCCGCAAUGCCAUGGGCGGUAAGGACAAGGACAUGGUUUGCGCUCUCUUGACUCUUCCCAGCCCGUACUCCCGCAGAUAUCGGGACGACGUAACCGUAGAGGUUAUCUUCUUUGGCGACGGCCCUGACAACCGCAGCAUCGCGGUCAACGAAGAAGCCAGCGCGUCGGAGGAAAACGUCAAGGCCAAGCUUUGAUAGACACCUUAUAACAUUACCUUUGUCGGCGUUAAGACUGUUUGUUUUCUAAAAGAGGCCCUACAAAGCCCUCCUUUUCUUAUAGUUACUGUUAUUACCUGUUGCAUUCCCCUAUGGUCAAGGAUAUCUACUUGGUGAGAGCUGGCGUUUCACUGCUGAAGCCCUGGGAUGGCACUCUGUUGCAUAAAGCAAGCAUACUUGUUCCUAAAAUGAUUAUUAUUUGUUCAUGUCAUUCACCUGCCGUCUUUGUUAUUUGACAGCAUCCUCUGCACAGCAUGGAAGAACAGGAGGGCAAUUCACUGGCUGGCAGAGCUCAUUCACCUGUCACGUGAACCACGUGAGCAUCACUGCCCUGAGAGAUCCAAUAUCACAUCCUGUACUGUGAUACUACUGAGGACCAAGAAGAGACACC